AUGGCAAUAACCAAGCAAAGCGACGCGAUCUACGUGAAGAAGCUGGCGGCGGCCGCGGUCACGCCCGCUACCGAACCGUCGUCCACCGCCGUACUCAUGCCUGCGCUUAAGCCGUCGUCCACCAACGUUCCUGGAUCGUCUCUAGGGUCGUUCUCUGUCCGCAGGAGCACCUCGACACACUGCGCCGCUCCUGCAUCGUCUCUAGCAAGAUUCAGGUCUGAACCCUCCUCACCAGCCCUCAACUACCCAACUUGGCACAUGGAGGCUGUGACAGCGACUGCACUCCUGGUCGCAGCGAUGGCGACUGUCCCCACUGCCAGGAGGGUGACACAGCUUGCGACUCGGGGCCUCCCCCUGGCCUUUCGUAGCCAGCCUUCUUGCGCCGCCUCCUGCACCUCGUGCCCGCCCUCGUAUCCUAGCUCAGUCGCCGACCUAGUCGCCAGUUCUGUUGCUCCUCGUCAUAGGUCAAUCCAGCGGCAGUGGUGGCGUCACCACUGGGGAAGGGCGCCGAGUACCAGCCCUCCUUCAUGGACUACCUUUUCCUCGCCUUCUUCCGGAGCAACAUGGUGGAGGUGAGCUCCACUCCAUCCAUCGAUUCAUUCCUUCCCUCCUCCAGUUAGCUAACUGUGUUACUACUUUUCCUUUUCUGCGAGCAACUAGCUUCUUUUCUUUAAGUACAAGAGAGAGCAAAAAAACCAUUUUGUGUUUGCUAGAGUUCUAUCAUGGUAGAUAAUGGAAUCUUCUGAACAAUAGUUUAUCAGACUACUUUGGUCUGGCAUGGAAAUUUGUUGUUCUACAAAAUGGCCAUUUAAUUUUGUUGAAAUAUAAGUUGAAUGCUCAAUUUGGCAACUAAGUAUUUGUUUCCAAUUUUUUUAAAGAGAACAACUAAAUAGGUCCACUCCAAUGUCAAAUUCAAUGUUAUCAUAGUUUUCAAACAGAGUCUGAAUGAAAAAUAUACACACUUGCAUAUUGUUGAUAUUUGUUACGCACACAGAAGAAUUAAAGAGAAAUAAUCCGCAAGCACACGAAUAUCGGUGAGCACUUCACCUGAGAGAUAUUUCUAGAGUGACGUAUUUAUUUUUCUGUAAGGAAAAAACAUGCGAUGACUAACCAAGUCUAUGCUUAACCCCUGAGCUGCAAGCAAGGUAACGUGAUUAAGGGAUAUAGAGAAGGCUACUAUGGCACCCUAGUUCUAACCUAUGGCAGCUAUGUGUCCAUGUUGGCGACACUUAUUAUAUAAAAAUAAAUAUCUAUUUAUAAAUAAAAAUAAAUAGAAAAUAGGGCUUUGAUCUAAUCUUUCCACGAGUUUUGGUAUAUAUGCUAUUUUCAGGUAUGACACGUGGAAAAGUGCAAAAGAUACAAGAAAUGCGCAAUGUAAGAAUUCGUAUUUAGAAAGACGCAAACCAACUCCAAUAGAGAAAAGCCCACAAAAGAUGAACUGGACCCAUCCGUAACCACGAGGAGGAUCAGGGCCCAGAGCACAACCGACCACGCGAAGGUGGUGGCCAGGGGGGCCCACCCAGGUUGCGGGCGCAACCCUAGUGGCGGUUCCCCGGCCCCACCUUCUUCUGGCGGUUGCAUGGCGGCAUGGAUAGGACGGUUUCACCUACUACUAUAUUUAGAUCCCGCAAACUGUCCUAGUUGAGCUAUAAAUAGAUGGCUCCCCUCUCAUUUGUAACACACACCAUCAUUUGGAGCAACACACCUCACAUUCUACACUUGUUCUCUUUAGUUUAGUACUAGUAGUAGAGCAAGGCAAAGCUAGCAAGGAGAGCUUGUCUCCUUGGAGGAUCAAGAGUGUCUUGGUACGAAUACA